AUGUUUGAUUUCAGCAACAAUUCUCACCGUCGUUACAACCCUUUAACCAAGUCAUGGGUUCUAUGUUCUCCUCAUCGUACACAGAGGCCUUGGCAAGGUCAACAAGAAGGUGAUCAGUCUGAGCAGAGACCUCAAUAUGAUCCUCAGUGUUAUCUCUGUCCUGGUAACCAACGUGCUAAUGGUGAAAGCAAUCCCAAGUAUGACGCUACUUUCCGUUUUCCAAAUGAUUUUGCCGCUGUAAAGACAGAUCAGCCUGCUCUUGAAGCCACAGAUGAUGAUUUGAUUCGAGUGGAAGGUGUCCGUGGUGAAUGUCAUGUCAUUUGCUUUUCGCCUCGUCAUGAUCUCACCUUGGCAGAAAUGUCUGUAGAAGAGAUAGAAAAGGUUGUUGACAUUUGGACUUCAAGUUACUUGGACAUGCAACAGAACCCAGUUAUUAAACACGUGCAAAUCUUUGAAAACAAGGGCGCUGCCAUGGGUUGCUCUAACCCUCAUCCUCAUGGUCAAAUGUGGUGCACUGAAAGUAUUCCAGAAGAGCCUCAAAAGGAGUUGAUAGCUUUACAGGAAUACAACCAAAAGUACGGGGAUAAAAAGUGUUUGCUUUGUGAUUAUGCUCAACGUGAAAUGAACGAUCCUGAGCGUAAGCGUACAGUAUUUGAAAAUGACACCUUCUUAGUUGUGGUUCCCUUCUGGGCCGUUUGGCCAUUUGAAGUCAUGGUUUUACCCAAGAUACAUAUCGCUUCACUACCAGAGAUGGAUGAUAAGCAAAAGCAUGAUCUGGCUGACGCUGUUCGUCGCAUCACCUGUCGUUAUGAUAACCUGUUCAAAACUAGCUUCCCUUAUUCUAUGGGUAUCCAUCAAAAGCCUCUUCAGGGUGAAUAUGAUUAUGCACACCUUCAUCUUCACUACUAUCCACCUUUGUUAAGAAGUGCUACUGUUAGAAAAUUCCUUGUCGGAUUUGAAAUGCUUGGUGAGCCUCAACGUGACCUAACCCCAGAACAAGCAGCAGCCCGUCUUAGAGAGCUUCCCGAAGUACACUAUAAGGAAAUAGCUAAUUAA